AUGGGGAGGAUGAGAGACGUCAACAACGGAAACGGAGGAGAGAUGGGAGGUUUUGUGUUAUGGAAGAAAGGUUCGAGUCAAUGGAGUUUAGAACUUGUGGUUUCGGGUUGUAAAGUCAAUGCUGAUUGUGAUGGUAACGUGGCUUGGAAGCAAAGCCCUUGGCUCGCACAUUCUCAUGCUUGUGAUGAACCUUCUGGACCACUGAGAAGGUUCCUUCAAGGGUUUGAUCCUAAAACCACAGCAAAUUUGUUUACGGAUUCGGUUUGCAUCGGUGAGAAAGUGGUUAACGAAGAAGAAUGCUUUGUUCUUAAGCUCGAAACGCAGCCUUCAGGGCUUAAAUCAAGAAGCAAGAGCGGUAUGGAGACGGUGAAGCAUACGGUUUGGGGAUGCUUUAGUCAAAGAACAGGACUUUUGGUCCAAUUAGAGGACACUUAUCUCGUACGGAUCAAAACCGGUCCGGAAGAAGAAGACAUGGUCUUAUGGGAAACAACGGCUGAGACAAUGAUCCAAGACUAG